AUGGCAACUGGACCCAAGGUCAAAAAACCAGAGCCUCCGAAGCCACGUGCGUCUGAGUAUUUAGAUCGUCUUGAUCUUGCGGAAGCUGCUACAGUUGUAUUUCCGUUAUCGGAGAAGAUUCGGGUAAUAUUUGCGCGCUACUCGGACGGGUCCCUCGACGAAAAAACAGAAGGGCGAAGAGUUCCUACUCGGUACGUCCCUGAAACGGCUGCUUUUAGGCUCCGGAAAGAACUGGGAAGGCCCCGCAAGAGGCGUUGUGGUGAAGUGCAGUGA